UGGAGAUUCCUCAUAGGUCUAGCAAAAGAUCAGAAUUGUUUCGGUUCAAUAAAUAUGGUGACCUCGUGAUUAUUGUGGAUGAUCGUAAUAUGGAACAUGUUUUUGGAUCGACCAUAAAGAAGCUAGCGGAAAAUCUUAGACAAAGAUGCAAAAAUCAAGAAAAUUCGAUGGAUCUAACAGAAUAG